CCUGCGAAAGGUGGCUCGACGCGUUCCCACGCGUGUCGUCUAGUAUGAUCCCCUCUGGAGACGCGCCGAGGACGAAGAGGAGGGGAGUGGAGGAGGAGGAGGGGGGGGGCAGAGUCAGACAGCUGCUCGUUCACAGCGCCGCGCUCCCGCUUGCAGCCCUCCUAAGUCUGGAGAGACUUCCCGACACACACAGAGGGACGUGGAGGUGCGCGUGGAUCGCGAUGUCACAUCGCAGCGGCGCUCGCUCAGAAGAAGCUGUUGAAAGGACCGCACGAAGCCACGUUGGGGGUCUCCGCGCCGGCAACACUGCAUUGGACCGGGCUGCUGUCCUGCUGCUGUCCUGCUCGUGGGGCUUCGUCGCCCAGUCUCCCCUCGACCGUCCCAUGUGGCAGAGAAGUUCAGAGAUGCGAGGGUGGAAGCAGAGCUCAAGUGCCAAGAACAGGGACAGUGGGGUGUGAAGAAUGCGUGAGGAUCUGGAGUGAAUGAUACAGAGAUACAGUGUCACAGUGAUCUGGAGAUCCGCUCAAACAGCCAGGAUGGAUGCAGCUCAAGUGCUCAUUUUUGCUCUCAUCGUGUCUGCAUGUUCUGUGCUACGGAUCUCUGCAGAGCAGGUAAUCUCCGAAGACGUUAACACAAACACAGUGCGGAGUGUAGUCCCACUCUCCUGUUCGGAGGGCUUCACAGAACUCGGCUAUUACAAUGGAUCCGUGUCCCAGACGGACUCGGGUUCAGCCUGCCUCCGCUGGACCGAGUUCCCCGAUUACAUGCAGCAGUAUCCGGGCCGCGGUCUUGGCGAUCACAGCUACUGUCGCAACCCCGAUCGUGCCUCCAACCCCUGGUGCUUCUACCGCCAGAAUUCAGGGGCCAUAGGCUGGGCCUAUUGCGAUUGCCACCAGGGCGCUGCCAGGCUUGCGGGUGGCACCUCGACAAAAAGUGGUCGUCUGGAAGUGUACCUCAACGGCCAGUGGGGGGCGGUGUGUGACACACACUGGACAGACCGUGAUGCCAGUGUCAUCUGCAGGCAGUUGGGUCAAGGAGAGAUCGGCACAGCCCUGCAGCAUUCCUACUUUGGCCCCGGCUCCGGGCUCUUCCACUUUGAGCGCCUUGGCUGCCGUGGCAACGAGAACUCCCUGCUGGAGUGCCGGAACAGGAGGUUCGUCACCGGCGACUGUAACCAUGGGAACGAGGCAGGAGUCGUGUGCGCUCCACCCGAAGGCAACGGCGCCCCCCUGAGGCUAGCGGGCGGCCUGGAGGACUUUGAGGGCCGUGUGGAGGUGUACCGUAACGGGCGCUGGGGCACCAUCUGCGACGACCGGUGGGACGACAUCGACGCCGAGGUGGUCUGUCGCCAGCUGGGUCUCGGGGGCAUCCCCAAGGCGUGGUCGUGGGCUCACUUCGGGCCGGGCGAGGGCCCCAUCCUGCUGAACAACGUGCAGUGCACGGGCAACGAACUGUCCCUGGAGGAGUGUCCCCACAGUGGCUGGGAGCAGCACAGCUGUGACCACAUGGAGGAUGCGGGGGUGUCCUGCAACCCUUACACUAACGGGGUGCUGCGGCUUGUCGGUGCCGACGGUCCUUGGGAAGGCAGGGUGGAGGUGUAUCACUCGGGCGACUGGGGCACCGUGUGCGACGACAACUGGACCGAGCAGCACGCCCAGGUGGUGUGUCGGCAGCUGGGAUUCAGGGGGCGAGCAGAGCUGGCCCCGGACGGUGCCUACGGCGAGGGUGCCGGCUUUAUUCUGCUGGACGAGGUGCGGUGCGAAGGGUCGGAGGCCUCGCUGCUGGACUGCGGUCAUGCCGAAUGGGGCCGACACGACUGCUCGCACGGCGAGGACGUGGGGGUGCGCUGCGAGCGGGGCGGCGACGGCAACGUGGUCCCCGAGGUGCCGCCGGCCGCAGGACCCCUGGUCCGCCUGGUCGCCGGCGAGACCCGCAGGGAGGGCCGGGUGGAGGUGUUCCUGAACGGCCAGUGGGGCAGCGUCUGCGAUGACGGGUGGGAUGACCUCAACGCCGCCGUGGUCUGCAGGCAGCUGGGAUUUGUGGGCGUCUCCAAGGCCCGUUCCCUCGCCUACUUCGGCGAGGGCCGGGGGCCCAUCCACCUGGAUAACGUGAGAUGUUCCGGAAAGGAGGCCGCUUUGGGGGAGUGCCCAGCCGAGGGACCGGGGACCCACGACUGCCGGCACAGCGAAGACGCAGGGGUCAUUUGCGACUAUGCGCCAGAGCCCGUGCGGGACGUCGCCGCGGCAACCCAGUCCUGCGGUCUGAGGCCCAAUAUGCAGCGGCGCAGGAGGAGGAUCGUCGGAGGGGAUAAAUCGUUCAGAGGGGACUGGCCGUGGCAGGUAUCCCUGUGGCUCAAGUCGCAGUCCAAAGGGAACCACCCCCUGUGUGGUGCCACGCUCAUCAACUCCUGCUGGGUCCUCACCGCUGCCCACUGCUUCAAGAGGUUCGGCGGCGAUCCCUCUCGCUACGUUCUGCGACUCGGCGACUACCACACCGAGGAGCGCGAUGACUUCGAGCGCAGCCUGUCCCCGCAUCGCAUCGUAGUUCACGGAAAGUACCAGAGCCAGGGCUGGGAGUACGAUAUCGCUCUGCUCCGGCUGCGUGGCGCCGAGGGCAACUGCGUGGCCUUCAACCCCCACACCAACGCCGCCUGCCUCCCCGGCCCCGGGGGCAAGCGGCGCGAGAGGCCGGCAGCUUGCGUCAUCACCGGAUGGGGCGUCACAGACUCAGAGUACUCCCGCACCCUGCUCCAGGCAUGGGUGCCCAUCCUGCCCUCGUGGAGGUGCAAGAAGCGCUACGGCGAGCGCUUCACCGGCCGCAUGCUGUGUGCCGGUAGCCUGUCGGCCCACCGCCGAGCGGACAGCUGCCAGGGAGACAGCGGGGGCCCGCUGGUGUGCCAGGACGAGAGGGGGCGCUGGGUCCUUACCGGGGUUAUUUCCUGGGGCCACGGCUGCGGACAUCCCUCCUACCCCGGAGUGUACACGCGCGUCAGCAGGUUCCUGCGCUGGAUCCAGCAGGUCACACACAACAAAACCAAGAUAUGAGCCACCACCGGUCAAGGGUGGUCCUGGAAGGGAGGGGGGGCUUCAGUGGAAAGAUAAUCCACGAAAUCAUUCAACGUUUGACAUCGUGUUCCGUAUCAAAGUCCAUCGCGGGGCUCUGGCUCCAGUCUUUGCGGUCCUGUGCCCAAACCUGAACAGACUGACCAUUUCCGAGUUUCUCUAAACCUUUCCUUCGCGUCGCCAGCGGUCCCCGAAAUGGCCGCACCCGGCGUACACAUAUCAGCAGAAGAAAUGUAAAGUUUAAAAAGGCUGUGUAAAAAAAAAAAAAAAAAAAAAAAAAAAGCAGAGGAAAAUCGCACUAAAAUGACUGACCGGUUUUCAUAUUUAUUCUUAAAUGGCCCUAACUGGACUUAAGGGUGACCUAGUAUAGCUGUGAUGGGAGACUUCCUUCAAUACCCUCACUGCUGGUUAGGAGGACAGUUCACCUUCAGCGAGGAGUCUCGGAGAACUUUAUUAUGCCUUAUAAACAUUCCACGUCUGCAUGUAUUUGUGCCUUUUGUGUCCGGUCUGUUUGCCUUCCCUUCUCCAAGGCCCUGAAGGAGCUGUGGCAUUGACUCUCCCAUUGACUUGGGCUGCCAGUGUCAAUGGACCCAGGUCCAGGGGAGCGCGCUCUCAAAUCAGUGCAGCUGCUCUCUUUCGGUGACGCAAAGACCCUACAGCUCACCGUGUAAAGGGAUCAGCUGCGGUCUUUUCUUGUCAUUCUGUUGUCAUUUUCCAUGCGCUCUGGAAAGGGGGAAAAAAAAAAAAAUGCAUGUAUACGACCGGCAUUUUUCCAGCAUGAGUCGACUCCGGUGAUUGAUAGCCCCGGAAAGAGCGUCGCACGUGUAACGUAAGCCCCCGUUUGGCAGAAACGCUCAACGUGAACCCUGUAGUCUCCAACUUUGUAUGAAUCCAAGUGAGAAUCGUGUGACUCCUGGUGAAGCACUAGCCAGGCUGCGAAUUCCAGGACUCUGUUGCACUAUAGGCCCUUUGCUGAUUCCUUCUGCACCUUCUGCAGCUUUUGAUGGAGUGCCAGUAAGUCCAGGGGGUGCGGCACCGUGUCAACAAAGUGGGCUGGCCACACCCUGUCUGAUUCCAGGCCCGGUCCAGGGGCAGAGCCGUAAACCUUUCUCCGGGACCAGCCGAGUCACAUUUACCCGUAUAACAGCUAAAAGUGACUGCCUCGCAAAGAAAUUCACGCGCAGAAAGUCAGAAUCCGAAAACAGGAAAGAAAUUGCCCGAGAAAUCCAUAAGAAGCCCAGGAGCGUAUUGAAUGUAUGGGGGCAGCAGGCAGUGCAGACUUGUUGCUCGAAGGUUGUCGGUUCAAAUCCCCCU